AAGAUCUGGAAAAUUUAAUAUUUUUUUCAGCAAUGAACAAAGCAGAAUUAAAUGGUGCUCCAGAAUUUGUAAGAUCGGGUGGUGCUAUUUAAAUCCAAUAUCAGAAACACGUCGAACGAGACCAAUAGAGCUAGCUUCUGAUACAUUUCGACUUUGGCGUUUCUCGAUCUGUUGUUUCUGCUCCCAAAUAAAAAUAAAAAAAAAUCGGAUCGGGGAUUUCCCCAAAUCGUAAAAUUAGGUUUUGUUCUUCAUUUCUAGCCCUAGCUUAGUUUUAUCGUUAUCUUAUUCAUUAAGGUUUGAUUCUACCUUUGUUUCGCUUCCCUCCUCGAAUUUUGCAAUUCCGUUAUUAAAGGAUCCUAGUUUUUCUGGCUCUUGUACUACGUCAAGUUUCAUGGAUUCUCGAGUUUCGAUUCUCUUCGUCUGUGCAAUAGCCGUGUCAUGCUUUACGUCUGGGUCUGCUUCAUCACCAGUGGACUUUUCCGUUUGCAAUUACGAAUUCGAGCUGUUUCGAUUCGAUUUAGAGGCCAAAUGUCCUCCUUCUCUGUAUCCAACUCCUCCUAUUGAGGUAGAUGGAGACUCACUAGACAGGCUAAUGGCUUCACAACAUGGAAAUGCUUAUAUGUCUGUACUCUUUUAUGCUUCCUGGUGCCCAUUCUCACGUGCUGUGCGCCCUAAGUUUGAUAUGUUGAGUUCCAUGUUUCCUCAAAUACAACACCUAGCUGUGGAGCAUUCUCAAGCACUGCCAUCUGUCUUUUCUAGGUAUGGUAUCCAUAGCUUACCUUCAAUCCUGAUGGUAAAUCAAACUUUAAAUGCUCGGUACCAUGGUCGAAAGGAUCUUAUAUCCCUGAUUGAGUUUUAUGAAGAGGCAACAGGCCUCCAACCUGUCCAGUAUGUGGCUGAAGGGGAACCAACAGGCUUAAAUGCCGGUGAUGGUAACUUGAUCACAUGGUUGCGCAAGGGGACAUCUAUUAGAGAAAUAUUCAAACAAGAUCCGUUCUUGGUACUAUCUCUGCUGUUUAUCUGUUUACAAAUGGCAAUCCUUGUCUUCCCCAUAGCUGAAUCCCGCAUGAGAGCGUUAUGGGCUUCUUACGUUGCCAAUUUGAACUUGGGAAGAUUUGGAGAGAUAAGCCAACUGUUCAACCGUGGUAUUCACAUGGUCGAUGUGAGGAGGUUAUGGUUGAAACUAAGUCUCGUCAAAACAAGAAACUUCCAUGAAAGGGCAAAGAACGCACAAGCUUGGGCUUCAUCGCUGGCAUCUGUCUCUCUAGGCCAAACUUCAUCAGACCAAUCCUGAUCUCAAGGGUAAGAUCAUGUCAGUAUUGGGAAGAGAUGAGCUUUUAAGUGUGUGCUGGAAAUCUGAGAGUUCCUUUAAUGAAUGUUAUAUGACUUAUUUGAGUUUGAUUUGUCUGCAACGAAGCAUGUAAAUCCAGGAACAGCUUUGCUUCUGUUUGUGAAUAUCUUUCUCCCUUUUUUGUUCUAUAAAUUUGAGAUGUCUGUUUUUGGCCUCAUUUCUUUUACUGAAUAAUUUGAUUGAGUCAGGUAAAUUUGUCUGAAUUAUCUUACGCAGCUUUGUCUUGUAAUGUCAGUUCGAGUUUGGUUGGCUCUACCAUGGUUUCAUGUUAUGGUACAUUAUCAUCAUGUGCAUCAGUGCAUGUUGCAUUAUAUAGGAUACAACA